AUGUAUUCGCUGUUUUCUGUUGUGGGUCGCACUAGUCAAGGCAUUUGUGAUGAACGACGUCUCCUGUACAUGUACGGUCCUGCGGCGAUUGACACGACCAAGUUCCUGCAUGUAGUUGUCAAUGGAGACACGCUGCUUUCCUUGCAUGAAGCCUCACACAUCAAGGAGUUAGCGGAUGGUUGUCCAUGCGUGCUGUACAUUCGUCGUUCACCGAUGCAACCAGCAUCAGCAGGUGUAGCGAAGCUUCGGCCACAUCCUGACGGAUACAGUGCGGAUCAACCCCCAGCAACACCCCUGUCGAGCACCUUUGACACCGUCAAGUCAAAUUCUGCUUCUUCCUCGCAAAUGAACAAAGCGUCGGAUACGUUGUCGGUGGCUUCCACAUCCACAGGUGAUUCUCUUCAUUUUUUUAAGUGCACAGUUUUU